AUGCCCUUCGGCCUCUCCGCCGCCCCUGGAGUUUUCCAGACCGUCACAGACAGACUGAUGCGUCCGUCCAUGAUUCCCACUGCUGAGUGUGACCUAGGCGAUCCCUACGGCGUGUAUCUGGAUGACAUUUGUGUAGCUGGAGACGAGUUCCAGUACAUGCUCCAGAAGACUUACGCGCUGUUCAAUCGUGUCCGAGCGUCCCAAAUGAAGUUGAAAGCAAAGAAAUGCUUUCUUUUCAAACGGCGUUUAGAGUUUCUGGGCUUCGUGCUCACCAAGGACGGCAUUAGUGCGAACGAGGACAAAGUGGCACGCAUUGUCCAUUGGCCCGUUCCACUUAACCGCACUGAGUUGCGCUCGUGGCUUGGACUUGCUGGGUUCUACAGCAGGUUCAUUGACCACAUGGCUGACAUAGCCGCCGUUCUCUAUGACCUUCUCCGUGACUGUGUCCCUUUCGUCUGGUCUCCAGCUUGCCAGGAAGCUUUAGACCGCCUAAAGACCGCAUUGACGACGGCCCCUGUUCUGGGCGUUGCGCGUGCCGACAAGGGCCCGUUUUCGGUCCAUUGUGACGCUUCACAACGCGCCGUGGCUUGCAUCUUGUCACAAGAGCAAGAUGGCCGCCAGGUCGUGUUGCACUACCACUCGCGCAAGAUGCCCACAAAUAAGCGUCCUCUGUGCGCCACACACGUGGAGCUCUACGCUUUGGUGGAAGCCACGAGAGCGUUCAGACUUUAUUUGUUGGGCCGCACGUUCUUUUUCUACACGGACCAUUACGCCUUGCAGUGGUUGCGCUCCUUCAAGCACCCUGAAGGAAAGCUCGCACGCUGGCUAAUGCGUUUGGAGGAGUUUCGGUUCGAAAUCCGCCACAUGAAGGGCAAGGACUUGACCAACGCAGACGCGUUGUCAAGGAGGCCGGACCGCCCUUGUUCACAAGGCUGCAAAACCUGUGAACGGAUGGAACAGCGAGACGAAGAGCGUGACAAAGUUGUCUCCUUCCUGAUUCGUCAAGUCUCCAUUGUGAACGGCGACGAGUGGCAAACCCCAAAUUUGGCGAAGGCACAGCAAUGUGACCCCGAUUUGAAGCCCAUUUACGAUGCAGUCAAGGCUGAAAGAAAACCGCGACUCCAGGACAUAGUUGGCUUCGGUCCAAUUACACGGAGUUUGUGGGUUCAGUUCAAGUCCUUGGUCUUGCAAAGUGGUGUUUUGAAACGGUGCUUUGAACAUUCUUCUGGUGACCCUGAACUGAACAUCUAUCAGAUAGUGGUUCCAGAAAAGCAGAGAAAGGAACUGGUCUUGCAGUACCACACGAGUCCGAGCUCUGGUUCACAUUUUGGUGUGUCCAAAUGCUACAAUUUGCUGAAAGAGCGUUUUUAUUGGCCUGACAUGAACACGACCGUCCGUGAUUGCAAAGUGCACAAGUUCACGAAGGACCAGAUUGAGCAACUGAAGGUUAAACAAACGCAAGUAGCGCUCAAAAGGAAGUCAUCUGAUGCGGCGGCUCCAGACGAAUUUUUUAAGAAGCGUGUUACCCAAUCUGAUGUUGACAGGGCAACGGACAAUUUGAUAAUUCGCCAUAGGUUGCCGCACUCUAUUGUAGAUUCUGAAGUUUUUCAGAAUGCAAUCCUCUUAGGUUGUCCUUCCAAUGUUUCUGUGGGACGUCGUCAGACUUUUCGUAAGAGGCUGGACAAGCAUUAUGAGAAAAUGAAGAAAAACCUAACUGAAAAAUUGAAGAAAGUGCGCUACGUGGCAACUACAGCGGACGGCUGGUCCAAGUUUCGCCGUGGAUUUCUGGGUAUGACUGUUUCAUGGAUUGACCCGGACACCAUGCAACGUGAGCGAGCCGGGCUGGCCCUCACACGACUAAAAGGAAGUCAUACACAUGAAAAGUUGGCAUAUGAAAUGAGUAAAAUAAAUGAAACUUUUGGGAUCUCUUCGAAGACCACAAAAUGCACCACUGAUAGUGCAGCAAACUACAGGAAAGCCUUCACGGUGUUUUCAAGUAAUGCCACAAAUAGCCAGCAAAAUGGAAGUGCUCAAAUGGAUGAUGAAGAGGAAGACGAGGAAGAGCAGGACUUGUGUGAGCCCAUCUCUCUAGAAGACGCGCUAGACAGCGCUGAACUUGACGGAGUAACGCUGCCGGAUCACCAGCGCUGUGCCGCGCACAUAAUCAAUCUGCUGGCCACAACGGACGCUAAGGAGGCACUGACUGCAAAUGCGAGCUACAAGAAACUCCACGACUCAACGGAAACAACGUUGCGGGAGUGGUGGCGUAAGCAGAGUAGAUCUGAACUUGUCUCCACCGCCAUCCAGGAUGGUUUUGGAGUGAAACUCGAGGUUUCGGGAGAAACUCGGUGGAACUCCGAAUUCGAUGCAAAACUCCAGAUUGUGCGCCUAAUUGACAAAGACGAGGAAAAAUUUAAAACCGUCAUCGAAGGUGCUGGACUCACGUUGCUGACCUCUACAGAAAUCAAAUUUCUACGUGAAUUCGUGCACGUGAUGCAGCCAGUGGCCAUGGCGUUGGAUAUCUUGCAAAGAGAUAAGAAUAUGUUUGCGGGAUAUCUCAUUCCCACUGUCCUCAGCAUGGAGGCCCAGUUGAAAUUACGGCGCUCGAUGAAUGGGAAGCCGUUAAAGUACUGUGAUGUCCUUGCUAGAACUCUUAUAACAGCCAUCCGGACUUCAAGACGGUUCAGCCACUACCUAGAAGACGAGGAGCUGCGUUUGGCUGCCGCACUAAUUCCCUGCUUUAAACUUGACUGGGAGAAGGAUGAAACCAAACGGGCGGAGCUGAAAGACGCUCUCAUUCGGAGAGCGGAGCGCAUCGAGCUACCUUCUGAUGAAUCUCAGACUCAGCACAGUCAGCAGAAAGAGAAUGAUAGUCAGAGUCAGAACACUGGACGUGUCGCCGAUGUUGAGGGCGACGCGGAAUGGCAGGCGGAGGACGAGCCCGAAGAAGUAAGCGCGGAGGACGCUUUUUUCGGCAUCACGCCCGUCGCCCCGGCUUCCCCAGCCGCCCUGGAGACUCCUGAACAAGAAGUCGAACGUUUUCUGGCCACCCGCAUCCCGGGCCAAGGUGUGGUCAGCUCAUUUGCCAAGGCACCGAAUGGCAAGCGCGACUUUCCAAGGCUUGCGGAAAUGUUCCUCCAACUGAACACAGGCCUGCCAUCAAGUGCUAGUGUUGAACGAUUCUUUUCUGAGUGUGGACGCUCGUUUAUUGCACUUCGAAAUAGAUUGGGUGAUGCUACCCUUGAAAUUGAAGUCCUUUUGGCAAUGAAUUGGCACUAUUGGGAUGAGUAGGCAAAGUACAUUAAAACAUGUUAAACAUUUAAAUUUUACUGUCUUUACUUUGAUUGGCUGAGCGAUAGCGAAGCCUGUUA